GGGGCGCGGCGCGGGGGCGUCACUUCCGGGCGGCGCGCGAUGCUGGCGGCGGCGGGCGGCUCCGGGCCCGGCGGGGCGGGAGGCUCCGGGCCCGGGCCGGGCCCCGGCGGCGGCGGGGACGGGGACUUCCUGUCGCGGUACCGGCUGGUGUCGGCCAAGCUGCGGCGGCGGUUCCUGCGGAAGCCGAACGUGGCGGAGGCGGCGGAGCAGUUCGCGGCGCUGGCGCGGGAGCUGCGCGCCCAGGAGAGCCUGCCCUACGCGGCCUGGUGCCAGCUGGCGGUAGCGCGCUGCGCGCAGAGCCUCUUCCACGGCCCCGCCGAGGCGGCGGCGCUGGGCGAGGCGGCGCGGCUCUUCCUGCGCCAGGAGCGGGACCUGCGGCAGCGCCUGGCGCUGCGCGGCGGCUUCGGCGAGCACCUGGCGGCGGCGCAGAGCUGCGGGGCCUUCGCCGCCCGCCUGCACCUGGAGCGCGGGCAGCCGGCGCUGGCGGCCGGGCUGUGCCUGGAGUUGGCGGCGGCGCUGCGAGACACCGGCCGGCCCGCCCGCGCCGCCGCGCACUUCCAGCGGGCCGCCGAGCUGCUGGCGGCGGCGCGGCUGCCGCUCGAGGCGCUGCACUGCCUGGCCGAGCGCGCCUCCUGCCUGCUGCUGGGCCGUGACUACGCCGGGGCCCUGGCGGCGCUGACGCGGGCGCAGGCGCUCGCCGGGGCCGGGGUCGGGCCCGGGGGGACAGCGCCCGGCGGCGCUUUCCUGGACGCGCUGGUGCGCUGCGAGGUGUCGCGGGUGCUGCUGCUGCUGCUCCUGCAGCCGCCGCCCGGCAAGCUGCCGCCCGAGCACGCCCGCACGCUGGAGCAGUACUGCUGGGAGGCGCCGGAGGGCGGCUCGGCGGGCGGCGGACUGCCGGCGGCGGCGAGCUACCUGCCGGCGGAGCUGUUCCUGCUGCUGCAGUCCGCCGUGCUGGCCUGCCAGGAGAAGGACGCGGCGGCGCUGCAGGCGCUGCAGGCCGAGCUGUGGCCGCUGCUGAGCGCCGAGCAGAACCACCUGCUGCACCUGGUGCUGCACGACAUGCUCAGCCCCGCGGGGCAGGGGCUCUGAGCACCGCCGGGACGCUGAAUCCUGCCGCUGCGCCUCCUGCCGCCUCGG